AUGGCACCCACAUCAUCCUCAUCUGCUGGUCCAUACUCCCUCCCAGACAAGGAUGAGGUUGAGUUAUCAGUAGAGGAUGACUGGACGAGGGUUAAGGACCGGAAAGAGAAAAAGCGAAUACAAAAUCGGGUAGCACAGAGAUCGUAUCGCAGUCGCAUGAAGGCACGUCUAGGAGAACUGCAGUCUAGGCUUCAAGCUCACGAGGAGCAGAGAGCGAAGGAGGGUUCUGCCGACGGCCAGUUCUUGCACCGGACAAACGACUUGAUAACACAUGCGACGCCGCCGCCGUCAAGCCAUGGUGCUACUCCGUCGCACGAUAUCGAUCCAAAUUGUAUCAGCGCUGCAUCCCCGCCCACGCCUCCCGAUGCCACAAUUGAGAGCGACGGAGUCAAAGCAAUGGACACAUUCGCGCCUCAUCAAAUGUAUACCACAAGUGCAGAUGACAACUCGUGGUUCAUGGACGUCAUGCCGCUCAUGCCUCAUGGUGACGCACCUUCAUACCCCUUAUCAUCGAUACCUACCCCUCCCGGCACCAUGGCCCAGACCCCGAGUCCAUCUAUGCCAACCAUCCUCCAGCAAGGCCAACAGCCACCUCAUAACGAAGGGGACGCAAAUAUAUCUCAGUCAAUCAUUCAGGACUGCCUGCGGUUUCAGAUCCAGCUGUUGGCCAGGAUGAACAGCAACCUUCCUGAGAAUGCGUCACCAGCUCAGACGGAGGAGCUACUGUCGAGUAUGGGAAUAUCCCCGGCGCACCUUCAUCAUGCUUUCGAUUCUGACCUGCAGGACUCUGCAGCGAUGAAAAACUUAAUGUACAACAACGUAAACAGUCCAACGACAGAAAACUCGUUUAGCAUGCCGGACUUUCAAAACGUCGAUGACAUACUAGACCUGUCUUCGACAAACGAAAGCUCUAGCAUAACUUGGAAACCCACAACUGUACAGCCGAUCGGCGACGCCUCACCCUCAACCUCGAUGACGCAGACGCCAAACUCACUAGAAGAGCGUAUUGAGGCCGCGAUAGAAAACCUCGAGUCGCUCGGUUUCAGCAGUCUUGAAUCGUUUUCUGAAGCCUACUAUACCGCGACAUUCGAUGAAACGUCCCCCCUUGCAGCAGAGCAACGCCUGAGCAGAAAGAGGCGGUUACCGCGGCUCAUGGCAAAUGUUCUCGACGCCGCGCAGUCGUGGGAUCCCUGGGAACGGAGAGGUCUCAAUGAGGAAGUGCUCCGAACAGCAGAAUCUUUACUUUUAGAUGAGGGCAAAAACGUCGACAUGAAGGCACUGGAAUCGAGUUUUGGCGGCUUGCUUGCAGCAACUGACAACCCCGGUCUCCAACAACGGGUUUUAAGCGCCGCUACAGCCCCAACGUCUGUGUCACAGCAAAACGUGGCGGCGAUAAAAAAGGCGAUGCAAGAUGAGGUAUUUACUAUCAUCCCUACCGCAUUUUUGCGUGUACCUAACUUUGAAUAG